AUGUCGUCCAACAACCCAAAUUCCAGCAAGACUGACUCUGCCGAAGACUCCCACGCGGACCUCAAUGCCGCCGUGGAAGACCUUCUCAACUCGCUAUCUAACAAAUUUGCCGGUGUCUCUAGCGAAAUUUUUGCCAAAAACAGCCUCGAGACUGAGCUACGUGCCGCCAAGGACAAGGACACCGGCGCCACUUCCAACUCCAAACAGUGA